AUGUUGGAAGGGCUCGUAGCCUGGGUUCUCAAUACCUACCUGGGGAAAUACGUCAACAACCUGAACACUGACCAGCUCUCUGUUGCGCUUCUGAAAGGUGCAGUUGAAUUAGAAAACUUGCCAUUAAAGAAGGAUGCCUUGAAAGAACUGGAAUUACCAUUUGAAGUCAAAGCGGGUUUAAUUGGGAAAGUAACCCUUCAGAUUCCCUUUUAUCGCCCUCAUGUGGACCCUUGGGUAAUCUCCAUCUCCAGCCUUCACUUAAUCGGAGCCCCUGAAAAAAUACAAAAUUUCAACGAUGAAAAUGAGAAUCUGUUGGAAAGGGACCGCAAGAAAGCUCUGCUUCAAGCCCUGGAGGAGAAAUGGAAGAACGAACGCCAGCAGAAAGGGGAAUCCUAUUGGUAUUCCGUCACUGCCUCCGUAGUUACGAGAAUUGUGGAGAACAUUGAAUUAAAAAUUCAAGAUGUUCAUUUGCGCUUCGAAGAUGGUAUUACCAACCCUUCCCAUCCUUUUGCCUUCGGCAUCUGCAUUAAGAAUGUGUCCAUGCAAAAUGCUGUGAAUGAGCCUGUGCAGAAGUUAAUGCGGAAAAAGCAGUUAGAUGUAGCAGAGUUUAGCAUCUAUUGGGAUGUCGAUUGCACUUUAUUGGGGGAUUUGCCUCAGCUGGAGCUACAGGAGGCCAUGGGCAAGAGCAUGGAGAGCCGUGAUCAUCACUACAUCUUGGAGCCUGUGUGCGCAUCCGCCCUUCUGAGGAGAAACUGCUCCAAAGAGCCUCUGAGGUCUCGGCACACUCCCCGUUUUGAAUGCGACAUUCAGCUGGAGACCAUCCCCCUGAAACUCUCUCAGCUGCAAUACCGGCAAAUCAUGGGAUUCCUCAAGGAGCUGGAACGGAAGGAGAGGCAGGCGAAGUUUCGAAAAUGGAAACCCAAAGUGGCCAUCUCUGGGAACUGCCGAGAAUGGUGGUAUUUUGCCCUGGAUGCUAACCUGCACGAGAUCAGAGAGCAGAGGAAGCGCUGUACCUGGGACUUCCUGUUGCACCGCGCCCGAGACAAUGUGUUCUACACCGACAAGUACUUCAGCAAACUGAAAGGAGGCGUGCUGUCUGCAGACGACAAGGAGGAAAUGUGUCGGAUUGAAGAGGAACAGAGCUUUGAGGAAUUGAAGAUUCUGCGUGAGCUGGUGCACGAACGAUUUUACAAGCAAGAGGAGCUGGCAGAGAGCCUGCGAGAGCCUCAGUUUGAUUCUCCAGGAGACUGCCCAGGAGAGCCAGGCAGCGGUGCGGGCAGUGGGAUGCUGCAGUACCUCCAGUCCUGGUUUCCUGGCUGGGGCGGCUGGUCCGGGAAGCCAGUGGAGGGGCUGUCAGCAGAGCAGCACGAGCAGUGGACUCCCGAGGAGAUCCUGGGCACCGAGGACUUCUUUGACCCCGCUGCCGACGCCUCCUGCAUGAACACCUACACCCGGCGGGACCACGUCUUCGCCAAGCUGAACCUGCAGCUGCAGCGCGGCACCGUGACUCUGUCGCACCAGGAGCCGGGCACCCCUCAGACACCGGAGAGUGCUUUCAUGCAGCUCGAAUUCUCAGACGUAAAGCUUUUGGCAGAAUCCCUUCCUCGAAGACAUUCUUCUUUGCUUCUAGUCCGGUUGGGUGGACUGUUUCUUCGAGACCUGGCCACAGAAGGAACCAUGUUUCCUCUUCUGGUCUUCCCUAACCCACAAAAAGAAGUUGGCAGAGUUUCACAGUCUUUUGGUCUCCAAACAACAUCUGCAGACAGAAGUGAUCACUACCCUGCUGCGGACCCGGAUGCCCCGGUGUUUGAGAUGCUGUAUGAAAGAAACCCAGUGCACAGCCAUUUCGAGAGGCGGCUGAAUGUCAGCACCAGGCCCUUGAACAUCAUAUACAAUCCCCAGGCUAUCAAAAAAGUAGCUGACUUUUUCUACAAGGGAAAGGUUCAUACCUCAGGUUUUGGUUAUCAGUCUGAACUUGAGUUGAGAGUGGCUGAAGCUGCCCGAAGGCAGUAUAACAAACUGAAGAUGCAGACCAAGGCAGAAAUCCGACAAACUCUCGAUCGUCUGCUAGUGGGGGACUUCAUUGAGGACAGUAAACGGUGGACUGUACGACUAGAUAUUUCUGCCCCUCAAGUGAUAUUUCCCGAUGAUUUCAAAUUCAAGAAUCCUGUGUUAGUUGUUGUGGAUCUAGGAAGAAUGCUACUGACAAAUACCCAAGAUGACUCCGAGAGGAAGAGUGUGGAUGAGUCAGCCUCUGAAGAGAACCAGUUUAGUGACGAUGAGUAUAUGACCCCUCUUGCCACACCUCCUAACACCCCACCCCCCGAGACGAGCAGCAGCAAUGAGGAGAAAACACCUCCAUUUUCUAUCAGCGAAGAGCAGCUCCAAGCACAUUUAUUGAGCACGAAGAUGUACGAGAGGUACUCCCUGUCAUUUAUGGACCUCCAGAUCAUGGUGGGACGAGUGAAGGACAAUUGGAAGCAUGUCCAGGACAUUGAUGUGGGGCCCACCCACGUGGUCGAGAAAUUCAAUGUUCACCUGCAGUUAGAACGCCGAUUGAUUUAUACUUCCGAUCCCAAGUACCCCGGAGCCGUGCUCUCAGGUAACCUGCCUGACUUAAAGAUCCACAUCAACGAAGAUAAAAUAUCUGCCCUGAAGAAUUGCUUCGCUCUCCUCACCAUGCCAGAAAUGAAGACUUCGGACUCUCAGAUUAAAGAGAAGAUUUUCCCCCAAGAGGGUUCGCGGGGAACUCUGCAGGACUCUGUAAUGAACUUAACCCAGAGCAUCGUGAUGCUGGAGCAGCACACCCGGGAGGUCCUGGUGGAGUCGCAGCUGCUCCUGGCCGAGUUCAAAGUGAACUGCAUGCAGCUCGGCGUGGAGAGCAACGGCCAGUACAUUUCCGUGCUCAAGGUGUUUGGCACCAACGCUCACUUUGUCAAGAGGCCUUACGAUGCUGAAGUCUCCCUGACUGUUCACGGUUUGCUCCUGGUGGACACCAUGCAGACAUACGGUGCGGAUUUUGACCUUUUGAUGGCGUCACACAAGAACUUGAGCUUUGAUAUCCCAACAGGAAGCCUCCGGGCUAGCAGGUCCCAGUCUCCUGUCUCUGGAUCCAACGUGGCCCCCUUCGCUAAUGUUGUCCCCGUGAGCGACCCGUCAGCUGCUGGUGUCUCACUUGACAGGAUUCUCACCAAAGAACAGGAGUCCCUCAUUAAAUUGGAGUAUCAGUUUGUGAGUUCAGAGUGCCCCUCGAUGAAUUUGGAUAGCACUCUCCAGGUGAUUUCAUUGCAGGUGAAUAAUUUGGAUAUUAUUCUAAAUCCAGAGACAAUUGUGGAGCUGAUUGGUUUUCUUCAAAAAUCUUUUCCCAAGGAAAAGGAUGACUUGAGUCCCCAGCCUUUAAUGACUGACUUUGAGAGAAGCUUUAGGGAAGAAGAAACUUACCAAGCUACCUAUGAACAAAACACCGAGGUUGCAGUGGAGAUCCACCGACUUAACUUACUGCUCCUCCGGACAGUGGGGAUGGCGAAUGGAGAGAAACAUGGCAGAAAAAUUGCGACUGCUAGUAUAGGGGGCACCAAAGUCAACGUCUCAAUGGGGAGCACGUUUGACAUGAAUGGUUCUCUCGGUUGUUUGCAGCUUAUGGAUUUGACACAAGAUAAUAUUAAGAACCAAUAUGUUGUCAGUAUCGGGAAUUCCAUGGGCUAUGAAAAUAUCGUCAGCGAUAUCAGUUACUUCGAAUCUGUAUUUGUCAGAAUGGAAGAGGGAGCCCUCCAUGAAGCAUUGAGUUUCACGUUUGUUGAGAAAUCGAAGCAGGAAUGUUUUCUCAACCUCAAGAUGGCUUCCCUGCAUUAUAACCACUCCCCUAAAUUUUUGAAGGAGUUGACAUUGUCCAUGGAUGAACUAGAGGAGAAUUUUCGAAGUAUGCUGAAAAGCGCAGCCACCAAAGUCACCACAGUGCUAGCUACCAAGACAGCCGAGUACAGUGAGAUGGUAUCACUCUUUGAAACUCCAAGGAAGACGCGGGAAUCCUUUAGCUUGGAAGAAAAUGAGAUAUAUGGGUUUAGCCUAGCUGCUUCUCAUGCUGACACUGUAAAGCUAAUCUUGAACAUAAAUAUUGAAUCGCCAGUUGUUUCUAUCCCUCGGAAGCCCGGGAGCCCAGAGUUGUUGGUAGGACACUUGGGACAGAUAUUCAUCCAGAAUUUUGUGUCAGGAGAUGAUGAAUCCAGAAGCGACCGUCUGCAGGUGGAAAUCAAAGACAUUAAAUUGUACUCUUUGAAUUGCACCCAGUUGGCAGGCAGAGAGGGUCCUGGAUCUGACGCAAGCCGGGCGUCUUGCCCUCCCUCUGGGUCUGCCAGUACCAACAGCCAGGAGGAAGCUCAUUUCACCCGACAUGAUUUCUUUGAAUCUUUGCAUAGAGGUCAAGCCUUUCACAUCCUGAACAACACCACCAUUCAGUUUAAGCUGGAGAAGAUCCCUAUAGAGAGAGAAUCUGAACUGACUUUCUCCCUCAGUCCAGAUGACCUGGGAACUUCUAGCAUCAUGAAGAUUGAAGGGAAGUUUGUCAAUCCGGUUCAGGUGGUGUUAGCAAAGCAUGUGUAUGAGCAGGUUUUACAAACGCUGGACAAUCUCGUGUACAGUGAAGACCUGAAUAAGUUUCCAGGCAGUGCCGCCUCCUCACCGUGCCCUAAUUCUCCUCUGCCUUCCCUCAGUACCUGCGGAGAGCCUUCCCUGGAAAGGAAGGAGAACGGAUUGUUCAGCCACUCCAGCCUUUCUAACUCUUCUCAGAAGUCCUUGUCUGUGAAGGAGGUCAAAUCUUUUACCCAGAUUCAAGCCAACUUUUGUAUAUCAGAACUUCAAGUUCAGCUAAGUGGAGAUCUGACCUUGGGGGCCCAGGGGCUGGUGAGCUUAAAGUUUCAGGAUUUUGAGGUGGAAUUCAAUAAAGACCAUCCUCAGACCUUAUCCAUUCAGAUUGCCCUGCGUUCUCUGCUGAUGGAAGACUUAUUGGAGAAAAAUCCGGAUUCUAAAUACAAGAACCUGAUGGUGUCUCGGGGAGCCCCUAAGCCGUCAAGUUUAACACAAAAAGAAUAUCUUUCUCAGUCUUGCCCUUCGAUAUCCAAUGUGGAGUAUCCUGACAUGCCUCGCUCUCUCCCCUCCCACAUGGAAGAAGCUCCUAACGUCUUUCAGCUGUAUCAGAGACCUACCUCGGCAUCCAAGAAGAAGCAAAAGGAAGUCCAAGACCAGGACUGCCCCUUGACCCCACCUCCUUCUCCAUUAGUAGAUGAGCCCAAGACAGUUGCUGGAAAGAGUAAAUUUGAUGAUUCCUUGGUCCACAUCAAUAUAUUCUUGGUGGAUAAGAAGCAUCCAGAAUUCUCUUCCAUUUACAACCGAAUUAACCGGAGCAUUGAUGUUGAUUUUAACUGCUUGGAUGUGCUCAUCACACUGCAAACUUGGGUCGUGAUUCUAGAUUUUUUUGGAAUUGGUUCCACUGCAGACAACCAUGCAAUGAAGGUCCCUGCACCUGAGGACAGUCUACAAAACAUGAAGUCAGAAGCAAAUGCUCUGCCGGAGCCUGAGCUUCAGGAUCCAGUUAACACCAGGCUGGAUCUCAAGGUUCAUUCGCUCUCUCUCGUGCUGAAUAAGACCACCAGUGAGCUUGCUAAAGCAAAUGUGUCCAAAUUAAUGGCACACCUGGAAAUGAUUGAAGGAGACCUGGCCUUGCAGGGCAGCAUCGGGAGCCUGUCGCUGAGUGACCUCACAGCCCACGGGGAGUUCUAUCGGGAGCGCUUCACCACCAGGGGGGAAGAGGCACUCAUCUUCCAGACUUUCAAGUACGGCCGGCCCGACCCUCUGCUGCGGCGGGAGCACGACGUCCGCGUGAGCCUGCAGAUGGCCUCGGUGCAGUACGUGCACACGCAGCGCUUUCAGGCCGAGGUGGUGGCCUUCAUUCAGCACUUCACGCAGCUGCAGGACGUCCUGGGGCGCCAGCGGGCCGCCAUCGAGGGCCAGACGGUGAGAGAUCAAGCUCAGCGCUGCUCACGGGUUCUCCUGGAUAUCGAGGCUGGUGCUCCGGUUCUCCUUAUCCCAGAAAGUUCCAGAUCAAACAACCUGAUUGUGGCAAAUUUGGGGAAGUUGAAAGUCAAGAACAGGUUUCUCUUUGCUGGUUUUCCUGGGACCUUUUCCUUACAAGAUAAGGAAUCGGUGUCUUCAGCCUCCCCAGUGAGCAUUCCCAAGCACAGCAUGAGGAAAAUGACAAGCGCGGAGGAUCCGAAGGACGGCCACGCGGAGGGGCUGUUCAUGACGCCUCCUGCUGGAGGGAGUGCAGGCGGCCUGAAGAGUGAGCUCAUGCCCAGUGCCUCAGCCAGGCAGCCAGGGCAGCAAGCCACACCCUCUGCCGGCCAGGUUUCCAGUAGCCCAGAAGACCAUGUCUGCCUGCUGGAUUGCAUUGUCGUGGACCUACAGGACAUGGACAUCUUUGCUGCCGAGAGACGUCCCCGGGAGUAUUCUAAGGCCUCAGACGACAGCAGCGGAGAUCUGAUCUUUCCCUCCUAUUUUGUGCGACAGACAGGAGGAAGCCUCUUAACUGAGCCUUGCCGGCUGAAAUUGCAAGUGGAAAGGAAUUUGGAUAAAGAGAUAAGUCAUACUGUGCCAGACAUAUCCAUCCAUGGCAACCUCUCCUCAGUCCACUGCUCCCUGGACUUGUACAAAUACAAGCUGAUCCGUGGUUUGCUAGAGAACAACCUGGGAGAGCCCAUAGAGGAGUUUAUGCGGCCUUAUGAUUUGCAAGACCCAAGAAUUCAUACGGUCCUGAGCGGAGAGGUGUACACAUGCAUGUGCUUCCUCAUGGACAUGGUGAACGUGAGUCUGGAGCUGAAGGAUCCAAAAGGAAGGGAAGGUGCCGGCUCCCUGGCGAGAUUUGACUUUAAGAAAUGUAAACUGCUCUUUGAGAGCUUUUCCAACCAAACCAAAUCUGUUAACUUGGUUUCCCAUUCCAUGAUGGCUUUUGACACCCGCUAUGCUGGGCAGAAGGCCAGUCCUGGCAUGACCAACGUCUUCAGCUGCAUCUUCCAGCCCUCCAAGAACAGCAGCACAGCCCUGGGAUCCAUUCAGAUCGAGUUGCAUUUCAGAUCUACGAAGGAUUCCUCCUGUUUUACGGUAGUUCUCAACAAUCUCCGAGUGUUUCUCAUAUUUGAUUGGCUGCUGUUAGUCCAUGAUUUUCUCCACACUCCCAGUGACAUUAAGAAACAAGCUAAUGUUACCCCUUCUCGCCACCGGAACUCUAGCAGUGAAUCUGCUGUAGUUCCCAAAACUGUGAAGAGUGGAGUAGUUACCAGGCGGUCUUCCCUUCCUGUGUCCACUGAAAGGCACUUGGAGGUCAAAGUCAAUGUAACAGGUACAGAGUUUGUGGUCGUGGAAGAUGUGUCCUGCUUCGACACCAACGCCAUUAUUCUCAAAGGCACCACCGUGCUUACCUAUAAGCCCCGAUUUGUGGACCGCCCCUUUUCAGGAAGUUUGUUUGGUAUCGAGGUGUUUUCGUGCCGACUGGGGAAUGAACACGAUACGGCUCUUUCAAUUGUUGAUCCAGUACAAAUCCAGGUGGAGCUGGUGGGGAAUUCUUCUUAUCAGAACAGCUCAGGACUGAUGGAUGCGUUCAACAGCACAGACUUCCCACCCAUCCUGGAGAUUCAGUUACAAGCCCUGGACAUCAGACUCUCCUAUAAUGAUGUCCAGCUGUUUCUCGCCAUUGCAAAAUCCAUCCCUGAGCAAGCUAACGCUGCGGUGCCCGACACAGCGGCCUCGGGGGCCAGUUCCGUUAGCAGUGGCCUAUCUGGUGCGACUCGAGUUGGAGAGGAAAUCAGAGAAGGGACAAGACAUACCUUAGAUCCUGUCUUGGAGUUACAGCUGGCUCGACUGCAGGAGCUGGGAUUCAGCAUGGACGAUUGUCGCAAGGCUCUUUUGGUGUGCCAAGGCCAAUUAAAAAAGGCAGCAAGUUGGUUGUUUAAGAAUGCCGAGCCUCUGAAGUCGCUUUCCCAGGCCCCCAACAGCCAAGAGAGCCAGGGGACCACACCGGCUCAGCUGAUCUCGGGUGUGGAGAUUAAGGCCGAGAGCGUGUGCAUCUGCUUCAUCGACGACUGCAUGGACCGUGACGUUCCUCUUGCCGAGCUCACCUUUUCCCGUCUGAAUUUUCUCCAGCGUGUAAGAACUAGCCCUGAAGGCUACGCCCACUUCACCCUUUCUGGAGAUUAUUACAACCGGGCUCUGUCAGGCUGGGAGCCAUUUCUUGAGCCCUGGCCGUGCACCGUAUCCUGGCAACAGCAGGCAGCUAGUCGUCUCCAUCCUCCUCGGCUGAAGCUGGAAGCCAAGGCCAAAACCCGUUUGGAUAUCAAUAUCACUUCAGUACUAAUUGACCAGUAUGUAAGUACCAAGGAAUCAUGGAUGGCAGAUUACUGUAAAGAGGACAAGGAAGUAGACUCAACUACAACAGAAGACUGGAUGGGCUCUUCAGUGGAUCCUCCCUGCUUUGGACAAACAGAGGUGAAAACACCCAAGCGCAGGCAGCCUUUUAUCCCUUUCGCUCUGAGGAAUCACACGGGCUGCACUCUGUGGUUCGCCACCCUGACCACCACGCCCACCAGGGCUGCACUGUCACACAGCGGGAGUCCAGGGGGAGUUCCAGAAGGGGACGGGACGUUUCUCGAUGACACUCACAAGGUCAGCGAGUGGCGGGAAGUCCUCACAGGUGAAGAGAUUCCCUUUGAAUUUGAAGCCCGUGGAAAACUAAGGCACAGGCACACCCAUGACCUCCGGAUUCACCAACUGCAAGUGAGAGUAAAUGGCUGGGAGCAAGUAAGCCCCGUGUCUGUGGACAAAGUUGGGACCUUUUUCCGAUACGCAGCGCCAGAUAAGAAUUCAUCUUCCUCUACGAUUGGCAGUCCAAGCAGCAGAACAAAUAUUAUCCAUCCCCAGGUCUAUUUCUCAGCACUGCCCCCUGUCCGGGUGGUCUUUGCCGUGACCAUGGAAGGCAGUGCUCGCAAAGUGAUCACUGUCCGGUCUGCCCUCAUUGUGAAGAACAGACUCGAGACACCAAUGGAACUAAGACUGGACAGCCCAUCAGCUCCGGACAAGCCCGUGGUGCUCCCCGCUGUCAUGCCGGGGGACUCCUUCGCUGUGCCUCUGCACCUCACUUCUUGGCGGCUGCAGGCCCGGCCCAAAGGGCUGGGCGUGUUUUUCUGUAAGGCUCCUAUCCACUGGACAAACGUAGUGAAGACGACAGAGGUUAGUAGCAGCAAACGAGAGUGCCAUUCCAUGGACACGGAGAAAAGCAGAUUCUUCAGGUUUUGUGUGGCCAUAAAGAAAGAGAAUUAUCCAGAUUACAUGCCCUCACACAUAUUUUCUGAUAGUGCAAAACAGAUUUUCAGGCAGCCGGGGCAUACCAUCUAUCUCCUGCCAACUGUGGUAAUCUGCAACUUGCUCCCUUGUGAACUGGAUUUCUAUGUUAAAGGGAUGCCUAUUAACGGGACUCUGAAACCUGGCAAAGAGGUGGCUCUCCACACCGCUGACACAGCCCAGAACAUUGAACUGGGGGUAUCACUGGAGAAUUUUCCACUCUGUAAAGAAUUGCUCAUUCCACCUGGAACCCAAAACUAUAUGGUAAGGAUGCGUCUCUAUGACACCAACCGACGGCAGCUGAAUCUCACCAUCCGAAUUGUAUGUCGAGCAGAAGGAUCCCUAAAGAUCUUCAUUUCUGCUCCGUAUUGGUUGAUUAACAAAACAGGGUUACCACUGAUCUUCAGACAGGACAACGCAAAGACAGAUGCUGCAGGCCAGUUUGAGGAGCAUGAGCUGGCCCGGAGCCUGAGCCCCCUCCUGUUUUGCUAUGCUGACAAAGAGCAGCCAAACCUCUGCACGAUGAGAAUCGGAAGGGGGAUUCAUCCCGAAGGCAUGCCGGGCUGGUGUCAGGGCUUCUCCCUGGAUGGUGGUAGUGGUGUCCGAGCUUUGAAAGUCAUCCAGCACGGAAACCGCCCAGGGCUGAUCUAUAACAUUGGUAUUGAUGUCAAGAAAGGCCGAGGUCGAUAUAUUGACACCUGUAUGGUCAUCUUUGCCCCCCGUUACCUGUUAGAUAAUAAGUCAUCCCACAAGCUUGCAUUUGCACAGAGGGAAUUUGCCAGGGGACAGGGAACAGCCAAUCCCGAAGGUUACAUUUCUACCCUUCCUGGUUCCAGUGUGGUGUUCCAUUGGCCUCGGAAUGACUAUGAUCAGUUGUUGUGUGUCAGAUUAAUGGAUGUUCCCAAUUGUAUUUGGUCUGGAGGCUUUGAGGUCAACAAGAAUAAUUCUUUCCACAUCAACAUGAGAGAUACCUUGGGAAAAUGCUUCUUCCUGCGCGUGGAAAUUACACUCCGAGGAGCUACCUACAGGAUCUCCUUUAGCGACACAGAUCAGCUGCCCCCUCCUUUCCGAAUUGACAACUUUUCUAAGGUCCCGGUUGUCUUCACUCAGCUCGGUGUAGCUGAGCCCCGGCUACGGACUGAAGUGAAGCCCAUGUCCUCCUUGGAUUACGCUUGGGAUGAACCCGCCUUGCCACCGUUUAUCACUCUGACCGUUAAAGGGGCAGGCUCCUCUGAGAUCAAUUGCAACAUGAAUGAUUUCCAGGAUAACCGACAGCUUUAUUAUGAAAAUUUCAUUUACAUUGCUGCUACAUACACGUUCUCCGGUUUACAGGAGGGAACAGGAAGGCCUGUGGCUUCCAACAAGGCCGUUACCUGUGCAGAGCUUGUCUUAGAUGUCUCGCCAAAGACACAAAGAGUCAUUUUAAAGAAGAAGGAGCCAGGGAAGCGUUCUCAGCUGUGGAGGAUGACCGGGACUGGCAUGCUGGCCCAUGAGGGCUCGUCGGUGCCUCACAACCCCAAUAAGCCGUCUGCAGCCCGCUCCACCGAGGGCUCUGCCAUCUUAGAUAUUGCUGGGCUGGCUGCCGUAACUGACAACAGGUAUGAGCCGCUGAUGCUCAGGAAGCCCGAUCGCAGGAGAAGCACUACCCAGACCUGGAGUUUCCGCGAAGGAAAGCUGACCUGCGGGCUGCACGGGCUGGUGGUCCAGGCCAAAGGAGGACUUUCUGGUUUGUUUGAUGGAGCUGAGGUCGUUCUUGGUCCUGACACUUCCAUGGAGAUUUUGGGGCCAGUUCCACCUGAACAACAGUUUAUUAACCAAAAACUGAGGCCUGGUUCUGGAAUGUUAUCUAUCAGAGUCAUCCCAGAUGGACCGACUAGAGCACUACAGAUAACGGAUUUCUCUCAACGGAAAAGUGACCGUUCAUCAUAUGAAGUGGAUGAACUUCCUAUUACUGAGCAAGAGCUACAGAAAUUAAAGAAUCCAGGCACAGAGCAGGAAUUAGAAGUGCUUGUGAAGUUAGAAGGUGGAAUUGGGCUGUCCUUAAUUAAUAAAAUGCCCGAAGAGCUGGUCUUUGCAAGUCUUACAGGAAUCAAUGUGCACUAUACACAGUUGGCAACCAGCCAUAUGCUUGAGCUCAGCAUACAGGAUGUGCAGGUGGACAAUCAGCUCAUUGGUACCACUCAGCCCUUCAUGCUCUAUGUGACGCCCGUGAGCAAUGAGAAUGAGGUCAUUGAGACAGGCCCUGCUGUGCAGGUGAAUGCGGUGAAGUUCCCCAGUAAGAGUGCGCUGACCAACAUCUACAAGCACCUGAUGGUCACGGCUCAGAGAUUCACGGUGCAAAUUGAAGAGAAGCUGCUCCUCAAGCUGCUGAGUUUCUUUGGCUAUGAUCAAGCAGAAUCAGAGGUUGAAAAAUAUGACGAAAACCUCCACGAAAAGACAGACGAGCCAGGUGGAACACCGAUUCGCUACUACUUUGAAAACCUCAAGAUCAGCAUUCCCCAGAUCAGGCUGAGCGUGUUCACCUCCAACAAGUUACCGCUGGACCUUAAGGCUCUAAAGAGCACCUUGGGAUUCCCAUUGAUUCGGUUUGAAGAUGCUGUGAUUAAUCUGGAUCCAUUCACUCGGGUCCAUCCCUAUGAGACCAAGGAGUUCAUCAUCAAUGACAUCCUCAAACAUUUCCAGGAGGAACUCCUCAGCCAGGCAGCGCGGAUCCUGGGCUCGGUGGACUUCCUUGGCAAUCCCAUGGGGCUUUUGAAUGACGUUUCUGAAGGGGUCACGGGACUGAUAAAGUAUGGAAACGUCGGGGGCCUUAUCCGAAACGUUACCCAUGGAGUGUCUAACUCUGCGGCCAAGUUUGCGGGGACCUUGUCGGAUGGCUUAGGAAAGACGAUGGACAACCGGCAUCAGUCGGAGCGGGAGUACAUCAGAUACCACGCCGCCACCAGCGGCGAGCACCUGGUAGCUGGCAUCCACGGCCUGGCCCACGGUAUCAUUGGUGGAUUGACCAGUGUUAUAACCUCAACAGUGGAAGGUGUGAAAACAGAAGGGGGUGUCAGCGGUUUCAUAUCUGGCCUUGGGAAAGGGCUUGUUGGCACUGUAACCAAGCCAGUGGCGGGCGCCCUGGAUUUUGCAUCAGAAACAGCCCAGGCGGUGAGAGACACAGCCACGCUUAGUGGCCCCAGGACGCAGGCGCAGAGGGUGCGGAAGCCGCGGUGCUGCACGGGGCCCCAGGGGCUGCUGCCCCGCUACUCAGAGAGCCAGGCCGAGGGGCAGGAGCAGCUCUUCAGGCUGACGGACAACAUUCAGGACGAGUUCUUCAUCGCCGUGGAGAACAUCGACAGCUACUGCGUGCUCAUCUCCUCCAAGGCCGUCUACUUCCUGAAAAGCGGUGACUACGUGGACCGGGAGGCCAUUUUCCUGGAAGUCAAGUAUGACGACCUCUACCACUGCCUCGUCUCCAGAGACCACGGGAAGGUGUACGUGCAGGUGACCAAGAAGGCGGUGAACACGAGCAGCGGCGUGUCCAUCCCCGGCCCCUCCCAGCAGAAGCCCAUGGUCCACGUGAAGUCGGAGGUCCUCGCCAUCAAGUUGUCACAGGAGAUAAACUACGCCAAGAGCCUGUACUAUGAACAGCAGCUGAUGCUGAGGCUCAGCGAGAACCAGGAGCAGCUGGAGCUGGACUCCUGA